CUCAAGUCCACCGAAAAACCACUAUCCUUGUUCUCGCCGUUAAUCCUCAGAACUCCACCUUCAAGCCUUUGAGCUCUGAAUCUCUAUAAAAAUGAUCCCUUGUUCCUCCUUCUAAUGGCUUCUCUCUCUCUCUCUAAUAGCUAUUCUUCUGUUUCCGUGUUUAUAUUUUGCUUAUUUCUUUCUCUGCUUCUCUCUAAAGCUGCAGAAGAAGAGGAGUUCUCAGAGGAGCUUUUGCUGAAACCUCUGCCUGAUCGCAAGGUCUUAGCUCAUUUCCUCUUUGAAAGCAGGACCCCUUCAACUCAGAGCUAUGGACCACACCAUCGACUCUACCCUAAAGCCAUUGAUCAGCUGGUUCAAAAGUUCAGAAUUCGGGAAAUGGAGCUCUCCUUCACGCAAGGGCGGUGGAAUUAUGAACGUUGGGGAGGAUUUGAUCCCAUAUCCAGUGCCAAUGCCAAACCACCAGGCGUUGAGCUUUGGGCUAUUUUUGAUGUCCCACAAGAUGAAAUUGAUUCUACCUGGAGUAAUCUGACCCAUGCUCUUUCUGGUCUGUUCUGUUCUUCCAUAAACUUUAUGGAGUCUUCAACUGCAUAUUCUUCUCCAAGUUGGAGUUUCCUAUCAGCUCCUGCAAAAUUUGAAGAUUUGACAUACUCUAGCCGGUUGAGGUAUGGUGCACUGCCUCGUGAAGCUGUUUGCACAGAAAAUCUUACUCCAUGGCUAAAGCUGCUCCCAUGUCGAGAUAAAGCAGGGCUAGCUUCCAUUCUUGAUAGACCCUCCAUAUAUGGAGGGUAUUAUCACUCACAAAGGCUGCAUAUUACUUCAGCUGAAUUUGGUUCAAAAGCCAUGACGAUGGAAGGAACAGUCCUGCAACAAACUUUGACUCUCGUGUUGCAGCCUGACGUUCAAAUAAGUUUAAACCAUUCUGGUGGAAGGUUAAUUCACCCAAGUUGGUCACUUGGUUCUCUGUUUGGAAGGAGAGUUACUGGUCCCUGUGUUCUUGCGAAGUCCAGCAAUGUCUUGUUGGAGUUAGAGAGUUAUUUAGUUGAAGAGUUGGGAAAGUUGGGUGGAGAGAUGUUGACACUGGGCAAUAGUGAUGGUGGGUAUGAAUCUUCGGUGUUCAAUGGGGUCCUCAAAUUGUCUGUUGUUCCUGACGAGCAACUCAAAUUAGUGAAGAAUUUGGAUAGCAGAAAUAACUUGCAAAGUUUUUCCAUCCUCUACAAGUAUUCCGUCGAAAAAUAUAGUAAGCUUGAACCUCUUGAUGUGGGGAUCUCAUGGAAGCUUCCUGUAUUUUGGAGAUGUCUUGAAGCACCAUUUCACGCAAGCAGGUUUUUAAUGGGAAGUGGAAAUGCAAGAGGCUCCAUUGCUAUCACAUUGCGUUCUGUAAGUGAAAUUCUUCAAGAGGUUCCAUUGUCAAAUCAACCUGAUUGUGUGAUGAGGGUUGUGAUUUUCCAAGUUGUCCCUUGGUAUAUUAAAGUGUAUUUUCAUACACUUCAAAUAUAUGUAGAUGGGGAGCCAAAACCUGUCUCAGAUGUGAUACAGAAGAUACAUGUCUCUCCUUCAGAAGACAGAGUAUCACCUGGACUGAUGGAGUUGGCGCUUGCAAUUCCUUGCAAUACAGAGUCAGCUGCAUUAACCAUAGAGUUUGAUAAGGGUUUCCUACAUAUUGAUGAAUACCCUCCAGAUGCUAAUCAAGGAUUUGACCUUCCAUCAGCACUGAUCAGUUUUCCAGACUUACAAGCACGUUACUACCAUGUUGGUGAUGAAACCUCCAACGGUUCACCCUUAUUAUCAAAAUUUCAGGAAAAUAAUCCCGUACAACUGUACACUGAAGUAUUACUUGUCCCUUUGGCAACUCCUGAUUUUAGCAUGCCUUAUAAUGUGAUCACGCUGACAUGUACGGUGUUAGCCUUAUAUUUUGGGUCGUUGCUGAAUGUUAUGAGGAGACGCAUUGGUGAAGAAGAGAGAUUCUUAAACAGCAAAGCUGCUGUGAAAGGUGGACUCGUAACUCGUCUCUUCACCAAGAUAUCUGUCAAGAUAAGAGGCAAGUCACAAGUGUCUCCUUCAACCUCAUCAUCACCAUCAUCAUCAUCAUCUUUGUCAUUGAUAUCGGGUCAUAAACUUUUAAGAGUUAUGUUGGUGAUUGUUAUUGCUGUUUUAUUGCAUUACUCUCUGAACGAUUAGCCAAGUUGAGAAUGGAAUGGGCUUCUUUCUUAUAUCUUCCAUGGGGAGGACUUGUUCCCUUUGCCCCAGCUUUGCGCAAUAUCAUACUUACUGAAAUUCAAUGAGUUUUUGUAUUUGUGGAAA